UUACUUUGUUUGUGGUGCAUUGAUUUUUUUGAAUAUUCGUGAAGAACGUUUCCGCGCAAAAAACUGGUCUUUUGGGCAACACCUCUAUUCACCCCCCCUCUAGAGGUGUGCGAGGCGUCUAACAAGUGGUAUCAGAGCGAGGGAUUUUCAAAGCUUUACUGCUGAAAAUUUAAAAAGAUCAUGGCCGGAAGAACAUUUCAACCCGAAGUUGCCGAAGGACAAUCCACGACAAGGCCACCACUCUUCGACGGCAACAAUUAUGCUUAUUGGAAAGAGAGGAUGAGAAUAUUCAUCCAAUCAAAUGAUUAUGAUUCUUGGAUGGUGAUCAAGCAUGGAGAGACGAUUCCCACCAAGAUUGUUGACGGGGUUCUUGUUCCAAAGCUAGAGACCGAAUAUACCUCAAAUGACAAGAAGAAGAUGCAACUAAAUGCAAGGGCCAUCAACUUUCUAUAUUGUGCCGUGAACCCGGAUGACUAUCGGAAAAUCUCAAGGUGCAAGACGGCUAAUGAGAUGUGGAACAAAUUAGAGGUCACAUAUGAAGGAACAAGUCAAGUGAAGGACUCAAAGAUCGACUUACUCACCCAUGAAUAUGAGCUUUUCAUGAUGAUGGAAAAUGAAACAAUAGAUGGCAUGUUCGAGAGUUUUUCAACUAUCGUCUCAAAUUUGGAUACACUUGGGAAGCAUUAUGAGGAUCAUGUUCUCGUUCAAAAAAUCCUUCGAAGUCUCACACCGGAAUGGAAGUCUACGGUCAACCCUAUCAAAGAAGGCCGAGAUUACAAUACAUUGACCUAUGACGCACUUCGAGGUAAACUACUCACUUAUGAAAUGUCUAACUUUUCUAGUGCAGCGGAGAUCAAAAGGGAUCAAAAUCUAUCAUUCAAAAGAGUUGCACUCAAAGCUUCAUCGUCAAAAUAUGUCGAGACAAGCGGCUCUGGAGAAAGUGACAUUCUCGAGUUAUUUAAUGACUUCUUGCAAAAUGAGCUUGAGCAAUUGAAUGAGAGUACAAAGCCUACUUGCUAUGGAUGUGGAGAGCGUGGACAUAUCAAGGGUCAUUGCCCUAAUCGAAAAUUCAAGAAGUCCAAACGCCGAAAGCAAUCCAACUCUAGCUCCUCUUCCUCAUCCGAUGAUGAAGUAGCCAUUUGUCUUAUGGCUCAAAGUGAAUCCGAAGAGGUGGAAGAAAUCCUGAGUUUUGUGAAAUCAAACUUCGGUGGUAAGAUAAGAGGCUUGUGAAAUCAAGUUCUCGAGUUGUAUUCGGAUUGUCAAACUCUGUUAAGUUUGACGGGUUAGUGAAGGCCUGGGCACGAUUGCUUCGGGGACUGGAUGUAGG